AUGGCAGCUUCGAAGAUCAAAGUGGCCAACCCCGUGGUUGAGCUUGAUGGCGAUGAGAUGACGCUUAUCCUCCCCUUCCUGGACGUGGAUCUGAAGUACUACGACCUGGGCAUCGAGCACCGUGAUGCGACCGAAGACCAGGUCACUGUGGACGCCGCGGAGGCGAUCAAGAAGUACAAGGUCGGUGUCAAGUGUGCGACCAUCACGCCUGACGAGGCCCGUGUGAAGGAAUACAACUUGAAGAAGAUGUGGCUCUCGCCCAACGGCACGAUCCGCAACAUCCUCGGUGGUACCGUGUUCCGCGAGCCGAUCGUCCUCGAGAAGGUGCCGCGCCCCGUGCCCGGCUGGACGAAGCCGAUCUGCAUUGGCCGCCACGCGUUCGGUGACCAGUACCGCUGCCAGAACUUUGUGGUGCCCGGCAAGGGCCAGCUGCGCCUCACCUUCACGCCGGAGGACGCGAGCGGCGAGAAGAUCGACGUGCACGUCUACGACUUCCCCGCGGAGGGCGGUGUGGCGAUGGCCAUGUACAACACGACCGAGUCGAUCCGCGGCUUUGCGCACUCGUGCUUCCGCGUGGCGCUCGACAAGAAGAUGCCGCUGUACAUGAGCACCAAGAACACGAUUCUCAAGGCGUACGACGGCAAGUUCAAGGACAUCUUCCAGGAGCUGUACGACUCGCAAUACAAGCCCGAGUUUGAGAAGCUUGGCCUGUGGUACGAGCACCGCCUCAUCGACGACAUGGUUGCCCAGGCCAUCAAGGGCAACGGUGGCUUCGUGUGGGCGUGCAAGAACUACGACGGUGACGUGCAGUCGGACGUGCUCGCGCAGGGCUUCGGCUCGCUCGGUAUGAUGACCUCGGAGCUCAUCACGCCCGACGGUGACAUGAUCGAGAGCGAGGCUGCCCACGGCACCGUGACGCGCCACUACCGCGAGCACCAGAAGGGCAACGAGACGAGCACCAACUCGGUCGCCUCGAUCUACGCGUGGACCCGUGGCCUGCUCUUCCGUGGCAAACUCGACGGCAACGAGGAGCUCAAGAAGUUUGCUCGUGCUCUCGAGGAGGCGUGCGUGCACAGCAUUGACGUCGACAACGUUAUGACGAAGGACCUGGCCCUGUCGAUUCACGGCAAGGCCAUGACCCGCGAGCACUACGUCAACACAUUCGAGUUCAUCGACCACGUGAAGAAGGUGCUCGUUGACAAGCUGCAUGCGGCCGGUCUUGCCUAA